UCUCUCCCUCUCCACCCCCCCCGCCGCCUCCUUGCCGGCGGCAGCAGCCGAAGCCAUGGAGGUUUUCCUCUGCCCGGCUUGCCGCUUGGUGCUGUGGGACCCGGUGACCGUGUCGUGCGGCCAUUCUUUCUGCCGGCGAUGCUUGGGCGAAGCCCUGCCGGCCAAGUGCCGCCUGUGCGGCGAGAAGCUGGCCCUGCUGGGCUCCCGGACGGUGGCGGGCAACGUCCUGCUGUGCAACUUGUUGGAGAAGUGCUUGCCGAAGGAGACCAAGCUGGCCCGGCUGAAGAUCGACGUGGGGGACCUGCUGAGGGAGCGGGACUACCGCGGAGCGCUCAAGACCCUCCAGAAAGGGGUCGACCUGGCGCCAGAUGAUGUUACACUGAGGCUGUGCCGAUCAGAGGUGUAUGUGGCUUUACAGCGAUACCCAGAAGCUCUGGAGGAUUUGGAGGUGCUGUGCAGACAAGAGCCAGGAGAAUGUGAGGGCUUCUUUAGGAAAGGGAAGAUGCUCCUGGAAAUGGGAAAACAAUCAGAGGCCCUGCAGCAGUUCCAGCAUUGUCUUACACUGAAUUCCAGUUUCUGUGCUGCUCAAUAUGAGGCGGAAAGGAUUCUCACAAAUGAUGCCUCCCCUCUUCCAGGCACUGUUGUGGAGCUAAAGAGUGAUCUCAGUCAAAACUUGAAAGGGUCAAACUCAGGGAAAGAACAAGCUUUACUUGUAUCUUUGGAAGAAAAACCUUUGCAGGAUGUGAGGAAAAAAAGGGAAUUUUGUCUGGGAGAAAUUGGGUCUGAGUACAACCAGGCAGCACUUUCUAUGCCAGAGUGGCUGAGGAAAAAGUCAAAUCUGGAUGUUUCUGUAGAGAAAGAAGGAGAUUUGGAAGAGGGCACAUCAGCAUAUGCAAGAGGACAAAAGUCUACCCAAGACUAUCAACCAGAUUUUGAGAGCCUCCUGAGUACAUCAGACCUGGAAUGUUCUCUUUGCAUACGUAUGUUCUUUGAGCCUGUGACUACACCCUGUGGCCACACUUUCUGCAAAGAGUGUGUGGAGCGCUGCCUAGACCAUCGGCCCAACUGCCCGCUUUGCAAGCAGAGCCUCAGAGAAUACCUGAGAGCUGGAAAAUAUAAUACCACAGUUCUGCUGGAGGAGCUUAUGAAAGCAGUUUUCCCCUCACAGCUGGCAGAAAGGAAACUGAUCCACCAGACAGAAAUGGCAGAACUUUCAAACUUGACCAAGAGCAUCCCAAUUUUUGUGUGCACAAUGUCGUUUCCAGGCAUUGAAUGUCCUCUCCAUGUGUUUGAGCCUCGUUACCGCCUCAUGAUGCGAAGAUGUCAGGAGACUGGCACAAAGAUGUUCGGCAUGUGUAUGUAUGAGAAUGGGAAGAGUUUUGCAGACUAUGGCUGCAUGCUGGAGAUUCAGAAAAUAGUAUUUCUGCCUGAUGGACGAUCAUUAGUGGACACGAUAGGAAAGCGAAGGUUCCGGGUUUUGAGACGGGGGCACAGAGAUGGCUAUAACACUGCUGACAUUGAGUACUUGGAAGAUGAGAAGGUGGAAGGAGAACAACUUUCUGAACUUCAGUAUUUGCAUGACUAUACAUACCAGCUGGCACAGAGAUUUUAUGAACAUGGGGACACCACCUUCAGACAACUUUUGAUGCACCAUGGAUCCCUUCCGGAGAAGGAGGAAGACAUACAGGCAUCUCCAGAUGGGCCAGUUUGGUGUUGGUGGCUGAUAUCUGUCUUGCCUCUUGACCUGACCCGCAAAUUGACACUCUUCUCUGAUGUCUCUCUGAAGUCUCGCCUCACCCAGCUGAAACAUAUUUUGAAUGUGAUUCUGGAAAGUCGUGACUACAAUAGCUAACUCUCUGACCUCCUUCCAAGAAGAUUAUAAAAAUCACAGAAGGAACAAAGUGGAUUUGUGCUGCAUCGCCCACCACUUUUCUUUGUUGAUCGGAGUUAAAGCCUUUACCUCUUCUGGUUCUUCUCUAUUACUUCUCUGUGUUCCAGUUGUUUUGUUUUACAGACUUGACCUCAGCAAUAGGCCACAAACCAGUAAACUGAAGCUAGUGUGCAGUGGUAGAAAUAUUCACUAGCAGUGGUGUACCGUCCACAGGAGAUUUUUUUUUCUUAACAGCCUUGAGAAUGCAGUUUGUUUAAAUGUGAAAUCUGUCCCAGAAACCUGACUAAUAAUGCCCAUCUUAUCCUAUGUGAGGAAAUAUCUCAGGAACUUAAAACCCCUCCCAGGGGGAAAAAAUCUACAAAUGCUAGAAUGUUAUCUUUUAUUCUCAUUUAUCAGGACUUGUUUGGGAUGAUCUGAAACUGCAAAAUACCUAUUGUUCCAUUUUCAUAACUUAAAACAUUCUCCUGCAGCUGUUAUUGUGGAAUGGGGAAAUAUGCUGAAGUAUGUCAGCAGCCAGCCACACACACACUUCUCAGUAGAUAAUAGGAACUUCACAGGAAAUUAUUUUGGAUCUGAUCUACAAUGGUGAGGGUUAAUUGGCCUCCAGGUGCAAAUGAUUUAAUCCCAGUCACCCCUCCAAACAAGAGGAGGAGUUGUUGUUUGGGAGAUCGGGCCAGAUGAGUCAUGUAGUUUGGUCCAUAGGUAUUGUGAAGAAAAUUGCUGGAGAAUGAAGAUGUAGAUAGAAUUACAACUAUGUGAUAUAAGGGACUAAUAAACAACAUUGCUGGAAUGUUGGCCACACAUCUCCCAUGUAGCUAGGACCAGAUCGUUCAUGGUUAGAAAAUGAGUAGCCUCCACAGAACUACAGAGAGCACAAAGUUGUGUAAUUCUCUGUUGUGGGAUGGAGUAAAGAGCUAAAAGAUGAACUAUGGUUUCAAAUGGUGGAGUUAUCUCAUCUCUGCUCACAGUUGUUAAGUAUCCUACUCUAUUGAUCUGCCCAGUUUUCUGAAGAAAUUACAUAAAGUACAAAAUCAUCUUGAAAAUACUAUGAAUCUUCUUGUGAAAGUCUUUGUACAAUGGAGAUAGACAUAUACACGCAUAGAUGCAGUACAGGAUCCUGCCUUACAAGGGCAUGCAAGUCUGUACACAUCUUCAGAAUGUCAUGGGACUCCAUUCUUGCUGCAAAAGUUUAGUCCUACUGCUAUUCUGGAAUUUGCUUCCAUGAUAGAUAGAGACAUGGGCGAGUAUUAGAGAGUUCUUGACUCCUGACACCAAGAAUAUCACCUUGAGAGAACAACAGUGCAUUAUGUCCUUUUAUUGUGACUUUUGGCCCUGAUUUUAAAGUUCUUUAGGAAUCCGGCUCUGUUGUCAUUGAGUGGUUCUUAAAUGUUCCCCUAAUACCGAGCAUUGGCUUCAUUUCCUGUUGGCCUUGUCCAUGUUCACUUUCUUAAAAAAAAAAUUAAAACUUUUGUUGUAGGCUGAUGAACCUUCUAUUAAAAAGUACUGGAAGAUUA